AUGGAGCGUCAUUUGUAUUCUUCACUUUGUUGCACGAUAGACAAUGUUGUCUACUCUACUUCUAAGGGAGCCGUCAUUUGGUAUGACACUGAGGCAAGUAAGUGGAGAGAUUUGCAGGGUUUGGUAGGAUUACCUGAGUUCCUUGAUGCUUCUUGUGUUAGAUUGACUGACUAUGGCGGGAAGCUAGCUCUUUUAUGGGACGAUGAGCUGCCUUCUUUUUAUGGGCCUGGCUUCGGCCAUCACACACUGAUUUGGUGUGCUGUGAUUUCACUCGUAAGGCACAAGAGUAGUGAGAUUUGGGGGAAAGUUGAGUGGUUUGANUCACUCGUCUCCAAGAGAUUUCGAUCUCUCGUGGCUUCACCAGAGCUUUACAAGGUCAGGUCACUCUUGGGACACACGGAGAGUUGUCUUUAUGUUUGCUUAGAACUGGGUCUUAAUAAGAAGGUUAGCUGGUUCACCCUUUGCCGGAAACCUGAUCAAACAACCCUAAACUCGAAGAGAAGUGCGUAUAUUAGUAGGAAGAAGGAGGAGUCAAGUGGGUAUGUUUUGGCUAGAGUCUCCAUUUCCGAUUCUCCUUGUUCUAACUCUGCGGGUCUCGUAGCGGUUGGUUCUGAUAUUUACAAUGUUGCUGAUAUCUACACAAUACGAGAGCGCUGCGUCAGCCUUUCUGUUAUGGAUUGCCAAUCCCACACGUGGCGCAAGGCUCCAAGCUUGCGGGUGAAGCUAUUGACGCUCUCUGCUAGCGUCCUUGAUAGAAAGAUAUAUGUAGCAGGGAACUACAAAGCUCGCGAUACCGAGAGUAACAAGUUGGAGAACUCGGUGGAGGUGUUUGACAUAGACACACAAAUGUGGGAUUCUGUGCCCAUCCCUUGCCACUUCAAGUACAGAGACUACCAAUUUGCUUACUGCAAAAGCAUAUGUACUGACGGGAAUUUCCGUGUGGCUGAGCCUUUUGGAAAGGCCUUGGUUUACAUACCCAAGGAAGAUAGAUGGGACACGGUUGAACAACCAUGUAUGGAGCGUCAUUUGUAUUCUUCACUUUGUUGCACGAUAGACAAUGUUGUCUACUCUACUUCUAAGGGAGCCGUCAUUUGGUAUGACACCGAGGCAAGUAAGUGGAGAGAUUUGCAGGGUUUGGUAGGAUUACCUGAGUUCCUUGAUGCUUCUUGUGUUAGAUUGACUGACUAUGGCGGGAAGCUAGCUCUUUUAUGGGACGAUGAGCUGCCUUCUUUUUAUGGGCCUGGCUUCGGCCAUCACACACUGAUUUGGUGUGCUGUGAUUUCACUCGUAAGGCACAAGAGUAGUGAGAUUUGGGGGAAAGUUGAGUGGUUUGAUCAUGUGCUUACAGUCCCUAGACGCUAUACUUUUGUGAAUGCUCUUGCUGCUACUGUUUGA